GGAGAAGUGGGCAGAUAUCUAGAUAUAUUUAACCGCUUCAUCUGCCUCCUCGACGCGUCUAUCCAGAAGUCUGCAAUACCAUUGUGACAACCAUUCCUUCACAUCCUUCCCACUGACAUUGCACUGCGCAUUGUCGCCCAAAAUUCCAAUUGCAACAGCCUCGCACAAGCACAGUCCAAACCGCAACAAUGGUCAGACUUUCGGAUAAGGUCGCCGAAGACCACCGUGAGAUGGAGAAGUGUUUCAACGAGAUAACCUCGUCGUCGGACCACGACCACCAGGAACGCUUCGGUAACCAGUUCACCUGGGAACUCGCCCGCCACUCCAUUGCCGAGGAGCUCGUCGUCUACCCUGCUUUUGAGAAGUACAUGGGCAACAAAGGUCACGAGAUGGCCGAAGAAGACCGAAAGGCGCAUCACGAGGCCAAGGAGAAGCUCAAGAAGUUCCAGAACAUGAGCCCCGAGGAUGCGAAUUACGUGCCCAUGCUGAAGCAGCUCUGGGGCACGCUUUCGAAGCACAUCGAGGAGGAGGAGAGCCAUGACUUGCCCGCCCUCGAGGCGGCCCUGGAGCCCGGCGCGUCGGAGACCAUGUCCCAGAGCUUUGAGAGGACCAAGAUGUUCGUGCCCACCCGCAGCCACCCGAGUGCCGGCGAGAGCCCGCCUUUCGAGACGGCUAUGGGCCUGCUCACCGCUCCGAUGGACCGUAUCGCGGAUAUGUUCAGGAAGUUCCCGCAAGACGUUUGAUUUUUCGAUUUUUCUAAACUCCUUGGAGGAUACUUUCGACAACGUGGUAAUAGUCUGCAAUUCCUGCGAAAUUGCGGGAAACGGAACAAAACAUCCUUUGUCGGGCUUAUCGG